AUGCUGUCUUUUGUUCCCAGCUCUGAUUAUCUGAGAUCAGCUGAAAUGACUGAAGUGAUGAUGAACACCCCAGCUAUGGAUGAGAUUGGGCUAAGCCCCCGCAAGGAUGGCCUGUCCUAUCAGAUCUUCCCUGAUCCCUCGGACUUUGACCGUUACUGUAAGCUGAAGGACCGGCUGCCCUCAAUUGUGGUGGAGCCAACGGAGGGCGAUGUGGAGAGCGGUGAGCUGAGAUGGCCACCUGAAGAGUUCCUUGUGCAGGAGGAGGAGGAGGAAGAGGAGGAAGAAAACUGUGAAGAUGCAAAGAAGGACAACAAGGAGCAAUAAAUGGUAUUUGAGGAAAGGCAAGGGACUGACCCUUCUGAAGGAAGAGCCACACUUCUGAAAGUCUUUUUAAGGAAAAAAAAGACAAGUUCAAUUUUGCACCUGCGAGAUCUUAGUUUUUUUGUAUUCUCUGUAUCGAGAACUGAAGCCCUCGGUGUCACCAGACCUCCUGAGGAAGGAAGGAAGUAACGCAGAGAAAUGUUUGCUGUUCUCGA